AUGAUGUUAGGCAAGUCUCACCAACGGAGGGCAUCCAGCAUCAGUGCUAUAUCCUCUCCCAGUCCACAAAAAUCAUUUCUGACAGAUAUCGAAAAAUACGCCGAUGUUGAUGAAGCCGACGCAAAACGUAUGAAACCCAAGAAAGACGUGUUGGGAUCGGUUAUCAUGGUGUUGGUGUACGUCCUUUGCGUAGCAACCUUUAUUAAUUUUUUGUUGCUGAGGGAUAACCUCGGGGAAAAUGGGGUAUUUGCGGCCAUCAUGAAACCAUUUGUAAACCACCAUGAAACUCAACCCAGCAGUGAAGUCCAGCUCAUAAAUAUGGCUGCUAUAGGUGCGUCUGGCUCCAAUGCAGACGACGAAUUGUGGAAAUUGGAUGACCACAACAAAAAAAAUAGCCCGGAUAUCGCAGUGGCUCCCGGCCAACAACCUCCAGUUAGUGCGUUGGGUGCACCUGUCUCUAGCUUGGAUCGUGCUGCCCAGGAGGCAUUAACGACCAUGCCGGAAACUCCCGACACAAUCAACCCACAAGGGGACUUGUUGGAGAUCCUUUCUGUGUCCCCUAUUGUUAUUCUCAGCUCCAGUUCUGCUCCCGCUUCGCUGGAAGUUGAUGACUCGGACUCACCACAAGACCAAGAAUCGCUCCACGACAACAAACUCGAGAGCCAGGUGAUGGAGAUCAUGCUUGGAUUUCUCCACAUUACUCCAGAACCUCGGGUAGUGGAUCUUGCUAAACAUCCCCAUCAUAACGAAAUUGUACAUUAUUUGCAGAGCUACUCGAUGCAUACUUCCGAAAAUGAAGACGACGAAGUGGUAGACAUCCCUCGGGUGUUCAUUGGCGGACAGCCUAUUGCUAACCACAAGCAGGUUGUGGAAAAAUACUAUAACAAGGACCUCAUUGAAUUUCUCAAGCACCACGGCAAAGGAAUUAUCAAUGUUGAGUAG